AUGGAACAGCAAAGCAUAAUGCUAUCUCCUGAAGUUGAAGAUCGAUAUCUUAAAAUUCUAAAAGAAUUAAAAAAAAAUUUUGAAGAAAGGUUUCAAGAUUUUGACAUUAUCAAGCCCAUUGGCAAUUAUUUAACGAACCCGCUAAUGGACUUGGAAGUGCCGUAUAUGGCAGAAUUGUGUGCUCAAAUAUCGAAGCUCUUUCAGAUCGAUGAGAACAAGGCUGUCAGAGAGAUAAAUAGCUUAUCUACUGCUUCGUCGGCUGGAACGAGAUGUGAAGAUUUUUGGAGGCACCUGGAAUUUUCGGAAUAUCUAAAUCUGAUCACCGCCUUCCAGACACUGUUAUCUAUAAAUGGAAAUACUUGCCGUUGCGAAUCCAUGUUUUCUUUAAUGAACAAUAUAAAAUCUAAGACCAGAUCGAGCAUUACUGACGGAAAUUUAAAUGAUGUAAUGCGGCUUGCAGUGACAACUUACACUCCUGACAUCGAGGCACUUGCGCAAAAAAUGCGUUCGUAUACCAGGAUGCACUGA